AUGUCACUCGUCAGUGCCGGUUUUGCCAUUGGGAUGUUUGAUCCUCUCGCACCUCCAUCACAUCCUCUUGCACCCCUCUUGCACCUUUUGCACCAUCUCACACCUCCAUCACAUCCUCUCACACCCCACUCACAUAUCUGUCACAUCCUCUCGGACCUUCGUCACAAUUUCACAGACCUCCAUCGUGACCUCUUGGACCUCUGUUGCAUCCUCCUGGACCUCCACUGCCUCCUCUCGCACCCGUUGACCAUCCUCAUCGCGCACUUCGUCGACUUAGCUGUUCUUUUCCCCAUCCUCCUCCCUGAUUUCGUUGCGCAGAAGCACAAACGAACACCUCGCUUAGUCAAAUCACAGCGAGGCGGCACAACUUCCCUCGCAGCUUAA